GAACACUCGAAAUUAAGAAGAUAUUGUUUCAAGAAAGAAGCAUUUGAAGUUGUUGAUUUUGUAAGAUGAAGCAACAUUCCUGGAUUGUGUUGCGUCCCGUUUGUUUCUUCGUUUUCCUGAUACUUGUGGUGUUGUGUUUGGCUGCUCUGUUGAUCACGAUAUGGUUCAACAAGGUCGCAUCAAUCGAAAAGGAAGUGAAGUUGAUAGCACACAGCAGCCAUCAACAUUUUAUAUCUGAAAUUCACAAUGCAGCUGCCUUCUUCUCUCCCAACAAUGCUUCAGCCAUCAACUUUGCCCGAAUUUUGAGUUUCUCUUUGGAUAAUAAUAAUGAUCUUCACUUCCCAAAUAUUGAAUCAAAGGUGGUUCCUGCACUAUUUCAAGCCUUUUCCACAAUACCAUACCUGUCUCAGAUUAUUCUCUAG